AUUGCUUGUGUGUAGGGAUUUGAACGGUUCACCUAAUUAUCAUUAUUUGAGAAAUAUGAAGCUCGAUAAGUUGUAAUUUGAACGAGCGAUAAGAUCCCAGAAAAGUACUCCCCCUCUGUGUUUGGGUGGGAGUAGGGGUAAGGAGUGGGGGUGGAUUUCGUUUUUUCUUCUAUCUAUAAAUAUGAGCUUCCGCCAACUGUCUUCUUUUUCCUUUCUUCUCCAUUUUUACACUGCCACUCCCGUUUUCUCUCCGGCGAUAUAGCCGGCCGACGGCUGUCCUUCCUGCCGGAAUAUUCCUCGGAUACCCCACUAUUUCCUCCCUCCUACUGUCUGACUUUUCCUUCUAGUAUAUCUUCAAGAGGAUACUUAAGUUGAAAGGUGAAAGGUGAUAUGGAUAGUACGAAGGUUAUGGCUGAUGGUACGAAGGACUUUGCAAUUCGAAAAGUGAGUUCCCACUGCUCAAUCUCCGAAAUGGAUGACUAUGAUCUCUCAAAGCUGCUAGAUAAGCCCAGAUUAAACAUCGAGAGGCAGAGAUCAUUUGACGAGAGAUCACUUAGUGAGUUAUCUAUUGGUUUGGCGAGAGGGUUAGACAAUUUUGAGGGCGUAUACUCACCUGGACGGUCAGGUUUGGAUACUCCAGCCUCAUCCGCUAGGAAUUCUUUCGAGCCCCAUCCAAUGGUUGCAGAUGCUUGGGAAGCCCUCCGACGGUCCUUGGUGCAUUUUCGGGGCCAACCUGUUGGCACAAUCGCUGCUUAUGAUCAUGCUUCGGAGGAAGUUUUAAAUUAUGAUCAGGUUUUUGUUCGAGAUUUUGUACCGAGUGCAUUGGCCUUUUUAAUGAAUGGUGAGCCAGACAUAGUUAAGAAUUUCCUGUUGAAGACGCUACAGCUUCAAGGGUGGGAAAAAAGAAUAGAUAGAUUCAAACUUGGGGAAGGAGCUAUGCCGGCUAGUUUCAAAGUUCUUCAUGAUCCACUACGCAAGACAGAUACUAUAAUAGCUGAUUUUGGUGAAAGUGCAAUAGGCAGAGUAGCUCCCGUUGAUUCUGGUUUUUGGUGGAUAAUUCUUCUUCGAGCAUAUACAAAAUCCACCGGAGACCUGUCUUUGUCUGAAACCCCAGACUGCCAAAAGGGGAUGCGACUUAUUUUGUCUUUGUGCCUGUCAGAAGGAUUUGACACAUUUCCGACAUUGCUAUGUGCCGAUGGGUGCUCAAUGAUUGAUCGCAGAAUGGGAAUAUAUGGUUAUCCUAUUGAGAUUCAAGCUCUCUUCUUUAUGGCAUUGAGAAGUGCUUUAGUAAUGCUGAAACAUGAUGCGGAGGGCAAAGAGUUCAUUGAGAGAAUAGUUAAGCGUUUGCACGCCUUGAGUUAUCACAUGAGAAGUUAUUUUUGGCUUGACUUCCAACAAUUAAAUGACAUAUAUCGGUAUAAAACCGAAGAAUAUUCUCAUACUGCAGUUAAUAAAUUCAAUGUUAUUCCUGAUUCAAUCCCUGAUUGGGUGUUUGACUUUAUGCCAACCCGUGGUGGUUACUUUAUCGGUAAUGUUAGUCCUGCGAGGAUGGACUUUAGAUGGUUUGCUUUAGGUAAUUGUGUCGCUAUCUUAUCUUCUCUUGCUACUCCUGAGCAAGCUUCGGCUAUCAUGGAUCUUAUUGAAUCGCGGUGGGAAGAGCUUGUUGGAGAAAUGCCUUUGAAAAUAGCUUAUCCGGCGAUUGAAAGUCAUGAAUGGCGUAUUGUGACUGGUUGUGAUCCUAAAAAUACAAGAUGGAGUUACCAUAACGGAGGAUCUUGGCCAGUGCUUUUAUGGUUACUAACGGCUGCCUGCAUCAAGACUGGACGGCCGCAAAUUGCAAGACGAGCAAUUGAUCUUGCAGAGAGCCGUUUGCUCAAGGACAGCUGGCCUGAAUAUUAUGAUGGGAAACUUGGAAGAUAUGUAGGGAAGCAAGCUCGAAAAUACCAGACGUGGUCCAUUGCUGGGUAUCUCGUGGCAAAAAUGAUGCUGGAGGACCCUUCACAUUUGGGGAUGAUCUCACUUGAAGAGGACAAACUAAUGAAGCCCGUGAUUAAGCGAUCUUCCUCGUGGACUUGCUGAGCAGAUCUCAUAAUCGCAGACCAUAACACGGAGCACUAGAGAAAAACAAAGGUGCAUCGUCUUUUGUUUCAUCCAAGGAUAACAAUUUUUUAGGCUAUUUCUGUCAUUGUGUGUUUCGAAAAUUUGGUUUCGUGUACAUUAGCAUCUCGUUUCUUAAAAUAAGAAAAAACAGUUAUGUAUUUGUUUUUAAUUUCUUGAUCAUUUUGAUCGUGAUGUUAAUAUAUGGGCUAAGGCACCGUUACGACA